GCUCAACACGCAACCAAGAGGAAGUGAGGGCCUGCCAUCUGUGGCACUUUCCUAUCUUCUCUCUCCUUUCUGUUUGUAUUGUACUGCUGCACACAAUUCCCAAUGGUGCGCCGCAGUGGGGUCGCAAACGGCGACAAAAAAAGCAGGGGUAAAGCUGCCAAGUUGUCCAAGCGCGGCGGUGACGAUGAGGAGUAUCAGCAGUCGGGGAAGCUGAUGCUGAACAACCCCCUCAUCCCUGCCGAGCUGGACGAGGACAUUGAUGACGAUCUCGCCUUCAACAGCGAGGAUGAGCGCCUCUAUGGCGAGUUCUUCUCCAACAAGGCAACCCCGACGCCUCAGCUGACGAAGAAAAAGUCCAAGAAGGCGCAGCGCAAAGCGGCUGAUUCAGAGAAUGAGGAUGAUGACUUCCUAGAGGACGGUCUUGCCGUGGUGGGACAGGCUGAGAAGAAAAAGGUGAAGAAGAGUGCGGGAAAAGCGAAGAAGUCGCGCGCUGCGGCUGACGACGACGACGAGAUGGUGAAUUACCGUGAAGACGGCCAGAGCAGCAACGACGACGAGGACUACAUCGACCUUAGCGACAUGCUCGACAUGAGCAUGAAAGAAGAGAAGAAGCAGAAGAAGAAGGCGAAGGCCAAGAUGUCGUCGCGGGUGACGGAGUCGGGCACGAAGGUGAGCAAGAAACGGCGAGCGGCGCAGCUGACGGCGGAGCCGGAGUCCGUCUUUGGCUUGGCCGACACCACCGAGGACGGCGGCGCGGGCUCCUAUCACGACGCGAUGCGGCGCAUCAUGCGUCGGAAGGACACCACCGCCAACGCCGACCUCGACGCCGUCAAGGGCCGCAUUCAGCAGUCACUGCGCAACACGCACAACUUACUCACAGUGGACGCGGAUGACAUGACAAAAGACCGCCUCACGCGCCGCGAGGUGCGGAACAUCGUCGACGAAGGCAUGGAGCGCUACAAGCCCAUCCUGAAGGAGCUCGACUCCGCCAAACACCUUCAGUUCCCCAUGCACCUGCCCAACAGCACACCGGUGGCCUCUUCCGUCGGGGGCAUCGUUGCUGCGGCGGACGCGCAGUUCCGCUCCGACCGCGCUGUGCCCGCCGCCCAGGCGAGAACCGCUGCGUACCGCCUCGGUAGCAGGAUGGACGCAUUGCUCUCGCAGGCCGGCCUGUCCCGUCGUCACGUGGGCGAGGCGGCCGACACCCCCAACUCCAUCGGCAACUACGUGAAGUUCGACGACGGCGUGGGCAGCCCUGGCGGUAGCCACGACGACGACGGUAAGGAGGAGGCGCCCACGACGGGGUACGUGGCGAAGCUUAAGGCGAUGUUGGCCUACGAGAACAGCCGCCGCCAACGACUCAACCGCAUCAAGAGCAAGACGUACCGCCGCAUUCUGCGCAAAGAGAAGGAGCGGGAGAAGGAGCGCCGGCAGAAAGCCUUCGAGUUGCUCCACCCGGAACUGGCCCGGCAGCGGCUGGCGGAGCGCAUGCUGAAGGCCCGCGUGGAGGAGCGCGUGACGCAGAAGCACAAGAACACGAGCGCCUGGGUGAAGCACGCGAAGCGCUUUGCGCAGUUCGACGAGAACGCGAAGGACGCCAUUGACGACCAACACGCCACCCAUCAACACCUCAUGCAGAAGCUGGAGCAGGACGCCGGCGACGACAACUACGAGCGCUACGUUGCCGGCGACAACGCAAGCGAGGCCUCGAGCGAGGAGGAUCGCGCGGUGGAUGCGCUGAUUGAGAAGGUGAAUGCCUCGAACGGCGCCCCGCUUAGCGAAAAGGACGUGAGGAGCAUUUUGUGGAGCAGCGUCGACGCCGCCGGCGACGAGGACAAUGCUGCGGACACGGCCAGCCCCAUCGCGAAGGCGCGUGCAGAGCUGCGCGGGAUGAAGUUCAUGAAGAACGCCCGCGAGAGGGAGGAGAGGGAGUACCAGGACCAGAUCGAAACGCUCCAGCGGGACAUUAAAGCCUACCAAAAGCAAGAGAACGCCGGCAGCGACGCGGAGGCGGAGGCGGAGGAAGAGGCGGAAAAGGGGCAGCGGGCGGCAAAGAGCUCCGUUAGCGGAGGUCGUAUGACCUUCAAGGAUGGCAGGAAGGGCCAGGGAGUCGAGCAGGUGCGGCUGCGCAAACAAAAUGGCAUCCGGCUCGAGCAGCACGACGACGCGGCGGAGGAAAACGACGCGUCAUCGAGCGAGGACGCCGAUGUGGAUUCUGUCGGCUCCGUAUCCUCCGCCGCAGACGAGGACAACGGCGCGGAGAAGGCGAAUGAGGAGAAAGCCCCGUCUUCAUCAUCAAAGGCCGCGACCAGGUCAAAGCGCUCCGCCAAGACGAGCACUUCAACCGUGAUACCCAAGUCUGAGUUCGCCGGUGCUCGGCCGCAGGCGCAGAUGCGUCAGAAGGAGAAGAAGGCUGCCGCAUCGACCCGCAUCACGAUUCUGCCGAAGAAACGCGUGCGCGACGACAACGACGCAGACGCGGACGGGUCGGCUAAUGUCGGCGAGGAGCAGACGAUCACGGAGGGAAACGUGGACAUGUCCGAGGAGGAUCUGCGGCUGCACCAAGAGUACUUGAUCUCCCGUGCGUUUGCCCAGGAUGACGUUGAUGAGGACUUCAUCAGGGAGAAGGAGGCGCAGGUAGAGACAAUCAUGCGACCAGAGGACAAAAACCAGAGCCUUCCGGGUUGGGGUGAGUGGGGCGGUGAGGACCCCGAGCUCAACAAGCGCCACCAGGAAGCGGUGGAGCACCAAACCACCCAGCGAGCGAUCGAAAAGUCGUUCCUGCUGAAGAGCCGUGCGGACGCAGCCUUGGAGCACGUCAUCAUCAAUCACGAUGGCGUGGAGCUGGUCCCGGACCGCAUGACGCUGCACAUGGUGCCUCGUCCCUUCUCCAACCCGCAAGAGUUUGCUCGGUCGAUGCGCCAGCCUAUGGGCCCGGAGUGGACGUCCGCGCUCUCCUUCAAGGAAGGCGUGCAGCCGCGUGUAGAGGUGCAUCAGGGUCAAUCGAUUCUCCCGCUCGACCUGUCGCUGCGCAAGAAGAAGACAAAGACGAAGCGCAGAAAGACGGAGGCGGCAAGUGCGCGUUCCACCGCUUAG